UUGGUACGCUGCACGGUAUGCACGAUUGCACGAAGCAUUGUUCUGCCUGGAAGCGCAAAGCGUCCUGAUGAAUUUCCCGAUAAAUUUACCUGUCGUCUCCUCCUGCGCUUUCUCACCAAACACCUCCUAAACCUCCUCGCGACGAAAGGAAGCAGCUUUCGUCUUCUUUUGCCCCCAAAUUCCCUCGAUCGAAGCGAGCCAGCAAUGGCGGGGCUGUCGCUGCGGUGCGGCGACUGCGGCGUGCAGCUGCGGAGCGUGGAGGAGGCUCAGGCGCACGCCGAGGCCACCUCCCACACCAACUUCGCCGAGUCCACCGAAGCAGUCCUCAACCUCAUCUGCGCCGACUGCGGCAAGCCAUGCCGCUCCCAGACCGAGGUGGACCUGCACACCAAGCGCACGGGUCACGCGGAGUUCACGGACAAGACCAUGGAGGCGGCCAAGCCCAUCGAUCUCGAAGCGCCGCUGAAGCCGGCCGCGGAGGCCAUGGAUGUGGAUGCAUCGGGGAGUGGGGAGCCGCAAGAGAUGGUGGCUCCGGAGGUGAACAAGGAGAUGCUUGCUGACCUCGAAGCGAUGGGGUUCUCCACGGCACGUGCGACCAGGGCACUUCACUUCUCCGGUAAUAGCACCAUCGAAGGUGCCAUUAAUUGGCUUUCUGAGCACCAGGAUGAUCCGGAUAUUGAUGAAAUGCCUAUGGUGCCGGCCAAUACAAACACUGAUGCUAACAAACCCUCUCUGACUCCAGAGGAAAAGAAGAUUAAAGCGCAGGAGCUAAGGGAGCGUGCUCGUAAAAAGAAGGAAGAAGAAGAGAGAAGGACGGAGAGAGAAAAGGAGAAGGAACGUAUACGAAUUGGUAAAGAGCUUCUUGAAGCCAAAAGAAUGGAGGAGGCAAAUGAAAGGAAACGCAUGAUAGAAUUGAGAAGGCUUGAGAAAGAGGAAGAGAAAAGGGCUAGAGAAAAGAUCCGCCAGAAACUUGAAGAGGACAAGGCUGAACGAAGAAGAAAGCUUGGAUUGCCGGCUGAAGACCCAGCUGCAUCCAAACCAAGCCCACCACCACCUGUUGAAGAGAAGAAGAGUGCAUUACCUGUCAGACCAGCCACAAAGGCAGACAGGAUGAGGGAUUGCUUACGAAAUAUUAAGCAGCAGAAUAAGGAGGAGGAUGCUAAAGUAAAGAGGGCUUUUCAAACACUCCUUACCUACAUAGGAAACGUAGUUAAAAACCCUGACGAGGAGAAAUACAGGAAGAUCAGACUCAGCAAUGCUACAUUUCAGGAGAGGGUUGGAAAUCUUGGGGGGAUACAGUUCCUUGAGCUGUGCGGAUUUGAGAAACUGGAAGACAACGAGUUCUUGUUUCUGGCAAGGGACAAGGUUGACAAGGCCAUCCUGAAUACUGCCGGAGCAGAGCUGAACUCUGCCAUCACCAAUCCCUUCUUUGGAGUCCUUUGAAUACAAUAAAAUAAAUUUCAUUGUAUAUUUAAGGCGCAAUAGCGUUCACAUGAAUAUAGUCAGAUUUUACAAGUUGGAAUGAACUUGGAAGAAUUUGCAGAUAUAUUUGUUAUCCUAUCUUGCUAAGGAAUCUUCCAAUGCAUGGGAUUUUUGUUUAA